AGCUGACAAUUUCUGAAUGCCUACCCCGUGUCAGGCUGUUAAGCACUUUACAUGCCUGAUCUCAUUUACUCUCCAUGAAUCUCUAGGGUAGUUUUAUCCCUUCUUUAUAGGUGAGGACACGGAGACUUAUGAUAAGUAACUCCCCUCAGGUCACACAGCUUAGGGACCUGCGAUUGGUGUACAAAUCUGACUGCUGCGCCCAGGCCUGCACCACUCCUUUCUCACUGACUAGAUGGAAGAGGCCUGAGACUAGACCAGGGGCUUUUGGUCUUAGGCAUCUGGCAGAACGCAGUGCUUACUGCUGAACUGGGCAGUGGAUCCUGGAAACACUGGAGGGGAGUGCCUGCCAGGAGGUAGGCAAGUGGGCAGUUAGAGUGGUUGCAUGUAGUACAUGGGACUUGAUUGGGCGUCUGAGAUUUGCAUACCUCCUCAGACCCAUUCUGGGUGGAAGGUAGAGUCUAGUGUAUAUACAAAUGCCCUCUAAUCUGGUCUAAAUGAUGGAGAUCGGUAGUGGGUACUGACCGUGCUGCUGGGAGGAGUUCAGGGAUGGGGAGAGGCUAUGCACGUGGAAGUAGUACCUUGAGCCAAACCACAGAACAGAAAAUUGGAGCAGAAUUAUAUAAAUCAAGGUCAGAAAUUUCCCGUCCAACCCACAGGGUGGAGUUUUCACUAUUCCUAUCCAUCCUACUGAAUAUAAACCCUGAUUUGAUGUCAGUAAGCAGAAGGAGCAGCUGGCGGGACUCUCAUUUCAGCUCUCGGCAUUCACCAUGAAUCUCAAGGUAGUCCUCGUGUUCCUGGCACUGUCCCUCAUUACCGUCUUUGCCCUGGCCUAUGUCUUGCUGACCAGCCAACGUAGCUCCAGCCAGCCUCCCCGCUGCCCCUCUGUAUCCUACAGUGCCCAGCCCUGGACACACCCUGGCCAGAGCCAGCUGUUUGCAGACCUGAGCCGAGAAGAGCUGACGGCUGUGAUGAGCUUUCUGACCCAGAAGCUGGGGCCAGGCCUGGUGGAUGCAGCUCAGGCCCAACCCUCAGACAACUGCGUCUUCUCGGUAGAGCUGGAGCUGCCCCCCAAGGCUGCAGCCCUGGCCCACCUGGACAGGGGGAGCCCCCCGCCUGCCCGGGAAGCACUGGCCAUCGUUUUCUUUGGUGGACAACCCCAGCCCAAUGUGACUGAGCUGCUGGUGGGGCCACUGCCGCACCCCUCCUACCUGCGGGACGUGACUGUGGAGCGUCACGGGGGCCCCCUGCCCUAUCACCGACGCCCCGUGCUGGGAACUGAGUCUGCCCAGAUGUGGAAGCAUUUGAAAGAGGUGGAGCUCCCCAAGGCACCAGUCUUCCUGGCUUCUGUCUUCAACUACAAUGGUUCCACUUUGGCAGCUCUGCACGCCACCCCUCGUGGCUUGCGCUCAGGGGACCGUGCUACCUGGAUAGCCCUCUACCAUAACAUCUCAGGUGUUGGGAUUUUCCUUCACCCUGUGGGGCUCGAGCUGCUGCUGGACCACAGGGCCUUGGACCCUGCCCGCUGGGCUGUCCAGCAGGUCUUCUACCUUGGGCACUACUAUGCAGACUUGGGUCAGCUGGAAUGGGAGUUCAAGGCUGGCCGGCUGGAAGUGGUUAGAGUCCCUCUGCCCCUGCCAGAUGGGGCCUCAUCGCUGCGAUCGCGGGUCUCCCCAGGUCCUCUCCCCCCUCUUCAGUUCUCACCUCAGGGCUCCCGGUACAGUGUGCAAGGGAACCUAGUGGCGUCCUCCCUUUGGACGUUUACCUUUGGCCAUGGGGUGUUCAGUGGCAUGAGGAUUUUUGAUGUUCGGUUCAAGGGUGAGCGAGUGGCCUAUGAAGUCAGUGUCCAGGAGUGUGUUUCUAUCUAUGGUGCCGAUUCACCCAAGACAAUGAUGACCCGAUACCUGGAUAGCAGCUAUGGACUUGGCCAUCACAGCCGGGGCUUGGUGCGGGGAGUGGACUGCCCCUAUCAGUCUACCAUGGUGGACAUCCACGUAUUAGUGGGCAAAGGGGCAGUCCAGCUGCUCCCGGGGGCUGUGUGUGUGUUUGAGGAGGCCCAGGGACUACCCCUCCGCAGGCACCACAGUCACCUUCAGAGUCAUUUCUAUGGUGGUCUGGCUGGCUCGGCCCUUGUAGUCAGGUCUGUGUCCUCUGUAGGCAACUAUGACUACAUUUGGGACUUUGUAUUGCACCCAAAUGGGGCGCUUGAAGGGCGGGUCCAUGCCACGGGCUACAUCAACACAGCUUUCCUGAGCGGGGGCGAGGAGAGCCUCCUCUUUGGGAACCGCGUUGGGGCGAGAGUGCUGGGGGCGGUGCACACGCAUGCCUUCCACUUCAAGCUGGACCUGGAUGUGGCAGGGCUGAAAAACUGGGUGGUAGCUGAAGACGUGGUGUUUAAACCUGUGGCAGCCCCUUGGAGUCCGGAGCACCAACUGCAGCGCCCACAGCUGACUCGGCAGGUCCUGGGAAGGGAGGACCUGACAGCUUUUUUCUUGGGGAACCCCCUUCCCCGCUACCUUUACUUGGCUAGCAACCAGACUAAUUCCUGGGGUCACCAGCGCGGGUACCGAAUCCAGAUCCACAGCCCUCUUGGCAUACACAUGCCCCUGGACAGCGACAUGGAGAGGGCCCUCAGCUGGGGGAGAUACCAGCUUGUGGUGACCCGGAGGAAGGAGGAGGAGUCACAGAGCAGCAGCAUCUAUUACCAGAAUGACAUCUGGACACCCACUACAGCCUUUGCUGACUUCAUCAACAAUGAGACCCUGUUAGGAGAGGACCUGGUGGCUUGGGUUACAGCCAGCUUCCUGCACAUCCCUCACGCUGAGGAUGUCCCCAACACAGUGACUCUGGGGAACAGAGUUGGCUUCUUGCUCCGACCCUAUAACUUCUUUGAUGAGGACCCCUCCAUCUUCUCCCCUGGCAGCGUCUACUUUGAGAAGGGCCAGGAUGCUGGACUCUGCAGUGUCAAUCAUGUGGCCUGCAUCCCCCACCUGGUGGCCUGUGUCCCGGACCUGCCGCCUUUCUCUUACCAAGACUUGUAGCCCUGAGUGUGUGGUGGGACAUGGGCAGGGCGGAGAGGGGGUGCCAAGACAUGUACCUUCCUCUCUGUUCCCACUUCCUGCUCCCCUGACACUCGACCCUUGGGAAACCGCCUCCUACCACGUAAACCCCCAUAUAUCCUUUGGUUAAUUCUUAUUUCCAGUUCACUUUUUAAAAAUGAUGAAUUUAUACAAAUGACGUUGAUAUUAAAAUACUCAAGCUAAAACACCACAAAUCCUACCACUCAGAAACAGCAUUCACAUUUGGUGAAUGUUAUACCGGACAUUUCUUUAAUGCAUGUGCAUUGAAGUGGAAGAAUAGAUAGAAUUUUGUAAAAACUGAUGGUGUGUGUAAUUUAUAAUAAAAAGUAUCACAAGACUUUUACUUGGA